GCAUUUAAGUUCUGCAGCGUUUCCUCCAACUUCUGCUGCCACCAUGUCUGACCGGGGAACCUUCGACACCAACGUGGUCACCAUGACCCGCUUCGUGAUGGAGGAGGGCAGGAAGGCGAAGGGCACCGGGGAGCUGACCACGCUGCUCAACUCGCUGGGCACGGCGGUGAAGGCCAUCUCCAGCGCGGUGCGCAAAGCUGGGAUCGCCCAUCUUUAUGGGAUUGCAGGUAACACCAACGUGACGGGUGACCAGGUGAAGAAGCUGGACAUCCUGUCCAAUGACCUGGUCAUCAACAUGCUCAAGUCGUCUUUCACCUCCUGCGUUCUGGUGUCCGAAGAGAACGAAGAGGCCAUCAUCGUGGAGCCCGAACAACGGGGAAAAUACGUCGUUUGCUUUGAUCCUCUGGAUGGCUCCUCAAACAUCGACUGCCUCGUCUCCAUUGGGACAAUAUUUGGCAUCUACAGAAAGACCACAGAUGACGAGCCAUCUGAGAAGGACGCUCUGCAGCCGGGCAGGAACCUGGUGGCGGCGGGAUACGCGCUCUACGGCAGCGCCACCAUGAUCGUUCUCUCCACCGGACAGGGAGUCAACGGCUUCAUGCUCGACCCAGCCAUCGGCGAAUUCAUCCUCGUCGAGCACGACGUGAAAAUCAAGAAACGGGGGAAGAUUUACAGUCUGAAUGAAGGCUAUGCUAAGUAUUUUGAUCCGGCUGUCACAGAGUACCUGCAGAGGAAGAAGUUUCCUGAGGACGGCAGUGAGCCGUACGGCGCGCGCUACAUCGGAUCGAUGGUGGCCGACGUCCACCGGACGCUGAUGUACGGAGGAAUCUUUUUAUACCCAGGAAAUGUGAAAAGCCCCAAAGGAAAGCUGCGGCUGCUGUAUGAGGGAAACCCGAUGGCGUUCAUCAUGGAGCAGGCGGGCGGCAUGGCGUCCACUGGCUUCGAGAACAUCCUGGACAUCCAACCCGCAGGCAUCCAUCAGCGCGCCCCCGUGGCCAUGGGCUCCCCCGACGACGUCCGGGAGUUCAUCGCCAUCUGCAAGAAACACGCGGCGAAGUGAGGCGGGCGGUGCCAACCCGCUGCCCGACCCGCUGCUGACCCGCCACCAACCCGCUGCCCGACCCGCUGCCCGACCAGCUGCCUUCCUUUGUGACCAAAACGGUUUGGGAGAUUUUCGGGCUUUAAUGAGUCAAACUGUUUGAGUUGUUCAUAAGCUUCAGUAAACCUGAAAUGAAGACUUUACUCUUCAGUUUACAAAAAGCUGCUUUAAUCAGCCAAAAUAUGCAAAUGACCAAAUAUAACCUACGAACCAAAAUGCUGAUUUUAUCUUGUUCAAUAAAAAAUGUUUGGAAGAAAAUAUUUUAAAUAAACCAAACGGAUUCUAUGAA